UAUAUUGACUUUUAAGAAUCCAUACUAGCUUCAGAUUACAGGUGAAAGGUCAUUCAUUGCGAUCAACAACAGCGCGGUAGCGCGAAAUGUCGAAAAUAUGGCGGAUUUAUCAUUGAUGAAAGAUGUUCUGGAGGAGUUUGUUUGUGAUUCCAAUGGUGUCAUUGAGCUCAAACUAGUCCGAGAAGAGGCAGACGUCUUUGAUGAUGGCAAGAUCUUCCGUCCUGAGUUCACCCAUCAGCUCUUUGGUCAGAGUGAGAACAUUUUUGGCUACAAGGGUUUGAGGGUGCAGCUGUACUUCACUGCCGGUAGGCUUAUGCCAUACCUCCACAUGACCUGCACAGAGAAGGUCAACAGCAAACUUUUUGAUGGAGUUAAGGCUGACGACGUCCUGAAAACAAUCAUCGACAAGCUGGAAAUCAAGCCUUUAGACAACCUCGACAAAUUCCUCAAUCUCAUCUCAGAUGAUGCCAGCUUCAAGCCCACCGGUGACCUGCUUCAUGCAUAUUCAGUAGAAGGGGAGGGGCCAACGCGGCACUUUGAGAUCUACACCAAUGAUAUCACUGUGCCGGGAUUCCAUGCGUAUCACGAAAGACUGCAGACGUUUCUGUGGUGGUACAUCGACGCAGCGUCGUACAUCGACACAGAUGAUGAAAAAUGGGUGUACUACACGAUAUUUGAGAAAUACACUGUGGGUGGUAACAAGAGAUAUGCCAUAGCCGGCUAUGCCACAGCUUACCGGUACUAUGCCUACCCUGACCUGACAAGGCCAAGAAUUAGUCAGGUGCUCAUACUACCGCCAUUCCAAAGAAUGGGGCAUGGAGUCCAGUUACUAGACACAAUGAACACACACUUCAGGAAUGAUACCAAAGUCCUUGACAUCACAGUUGAGGAUCCCUCUGAAGAUUUUGUGAGGCUGAGAGAUUUUUUGGACUGCCGGGAUUGUAUGAAACUUCCGGCGUUUGAACGUCACAAUUUGGAGAAUGGCUUCUCGGUAGACAUGGAGAAACAGGCUCUGGAAAAACUGAAGUUGUGCAAGAAGCAAGUCCGGCGGGUCUACGAGAUCUUGAGAUUGCGGGAAACCGACGCUCGAGACCCUGCCGAAAUGAAAGCCUACAGAUUGGAUAUCAAGAGAAGACUAAAUGUCCCAUUCCAGAAGCAAAAGUGUGACCAGGAGAAGAUGUGUCGAACGCUGAAGCCCGAGGAACUGGCCGCGACGAUGCAGGGUACCAGCCUGCAAGAGCGCCACGAGACACUGGAGAACUGGUACCAGGAACUGAUGACGGACUACCGCAGGGUGCUGGAUAGAUUAGCCAUGGAAUGACAGUCAAUAACCCGCAAAAUAACAAUUUAAAAACUGUUUCUUCAAGCAUAGUUUCACUUUGGUUAAAUUUUCCGUUUUUUUAUACUUGGCCGACAGGCAGGUGUUUAUGAGUACUAAUCCAGUCCCUCGAGUGAGAAGAAAGAUACUCACAGGAGUGCGUAUAUUACCUAAAGUGCCAUCACAGAUAGCAAGUAGAUUUGUUUUUCAGCAAAGAAGUUACCUUUUUCACUGGCAAAUAUCAGAAGUACUAACGAAGUUAUGACUAUUACAUAUUUGACAAGCAAACUUGUUAGGGGUGGCAAACUUCGCGAAUCAUAAUGAAAUCUCUGUUGUUGAGUAUUUUCUUCGCUCAGAACAGAGAACAUUUCAUUUUAAUUUAUUCAAAAAACUUUUGUAUUGUAUCAAAGUGAAACUCCAUGUGUUGCAGUUAAAGCAUAUUAAGGAUAUGGUUGUCUUACUCAAGAUAUUCUGCUUGUAAAAAGGUCUUUUCAACCAGUGAGCGUUUUCUUAUAAU